CGAUUCAGACGAUUCAGACUCAUCAAGUGUUACUUGUACAUUAAUAACUGUGCAAUAUUAACUGUGUAUUUAGUUGAUCAUGUUUCUAGUAAAAAGAAUUUGUAACAGAAUUCAAGUUCCACUAAGUAAAGCUUAUGCAACAAAUUUAAAACAAAUUGAAGUUACACAUGAAGAAAGUACAGGCAUUACCACAAUAUCUAUGUCCCGUCAACCGGUAAAUGGUUUGAACAAGGAAUUAUUGAAUGCUUUAAAUACAUCUUUACUUGAUGCACAAAAGAAUCGUAGUACAGGUGUUAUAUUGACAUCUUCAUUACCAUCUGUCUUCUCAGCUGGACUUGACAUAAUGGAAAUGUAUAAUCGAACUGAAAGUCAAAUGACUGAGUACUGGCAAACAUUGCAGGAUACUUGGUUGACUUUAUAUAGUUUGGAAAUGCCAGUGGCUGCUGCUAUUAAUGGUGCCAGUCCUGCUGGAGGAUGCUUAUUAGCACUUUCUUGUGAAUAUAGAGUGUUUGUUGAAGGCAACCAUACCAUAGGACUGAAUGAAACACAAUUAGGAAUUCCAGUUCCUAAGUGGUUUAAAAAUCUAUACAUUGAUGUAAUAGGAUAUCGAAAAGCUGAAUUAGCAUGUUUACGAGGAUCUCUAUUCUCUCCCAAAGAAGCAUUAAAACAUGGACUUGUAGAUGAAUUGGUUGCUGGUAAAGCAGAUGCAAUUAGCAGGUGUCAAAACUAUAUAAAAGAUUUUAAAUACAUAUCUCCCAUAGGUCGAAGUAGAACAAAAUUGUCAUUAAGAGAAUUGAAUUUGCUUUGGAUGAAAGACAAUCGAAAUAUGGAUCUUAAUGAUUUCUUAUCAUUUAUUCAGUCACCGAAAGUGCAAGCUGGUCUUAAAUUAUACAUUGAAUCUUUGAAACGAAAAUAA